GCUGUUUUCGAAUCGGAUAGAGAAGGAGGAUGGGGCUCUCCCUCCGCCGCCGGCAGCACCACUCCCGGCGCAGCGGAUUCGAUCCAGGACAACCAGCCAAUUUCCCUUCCUUCCAUCACCCAACCCACCCACCUCGGCGCGCCGGCUCCUGUCUCGCCGGCGACGUCACCGGCAAGUACCAAACUGCCCCUGCCUGUGCCUCCCGCGCUGCGUCGCCUCUUCUUCUACCUAUAAAUACGGGUCGGGCGCCUUCCUCCACAAGAUUCUGCCAAAAAGAUCCCCUUGGAUUCCCACGCCCGCCCGCGCAUUUCGCCGGUCGCCAUCGGCCUCUCUCUCUCUUUCUCUAUCUCGUCGCCGCCGCCGCUGCAUCCCCCGCCCCGGUGCUAAAUCCAGGACGCGGCUGGCGGGCGUUUCUAUGGCCGAGCCGUAGGUGGAGGCGGCACUUCGGCGCCGCGGGAGAUGGACGAUGACACCGAGGGCGUGGGCGAGAGCACCUGCCCCCCCGCCGCCGCCGACCGAGGAACCUCCUCCUCGGCCGGCGGCGGCGGCGGCGGCGGCUCGCACGGUUACACUGACAUCGCCAAGGAGGUCUUCGACCGUCUCCUGGAGAAGGGAAACCCGGAGGUCGUCGCGGACCCGCCGGCCUUCCUCGAACUGCUCUACCGCCACUUCGAGCGCCUGCCGCUGAGCUACGCCAUCGAUGUGAACGUCGAGAAGGCCGAGGACGUGCUGCUGCACCGGACAAUUCUCAACGAGUGCGCCGACCCUGAAAAGCGCCCCAUCUUCCAUGUCCGCUUCUUGCACUGUGCCUCGACCUCGGCGGAUUCACAUGAUAACACGGAGGGCCUCCCUACGAGUGAAAACGGUAAUUGUGGGGGUUCUCAGGCUUCCACUUUGAGAGAAUCUGAGCCUAGAGAAUUUGAGCCAUGCGAAGGGAUGGAGGACCUCAGUUUAACUAGAAAAAAAGUUGUGGAGGAUGACUUUGAGGCCAGUUCUGAGAGGAAAGGCGUAGAAAUCCUCCAUAUCCAUGAAAUUAUUUUUUCUACCAUUGACAAGCCAAAGCUCCUCGCUCAGCUAUCUGCUUUGCUGUCUGAAGUUGGACUGAACAUCCGUGAAGCUCAUGUCUUCUCAACAACUGAUGGCUUUUGUUUGGAUGUAUUUGUUGUUGAUGGCUGGGAUACAGAGGAGACAGAUACUUUGCUACAGAUUCUCAAGGAGACAGCGGCACGAAAUCAUGCCUCAUUAUCAAACCCAACAAAUUCUGCAGCCUCGCAAAGAAUACUGGAACUGCAAGAUCAGAUUGGUGAUUCAAAUGUUGACAGGAGUUUCCUGCAGAUUGGGGAGAAGAUUGCAUCUGGAUCCUCCGGGGACUUGUAUCGAGGAACUUAUCAAGGUGUGGAUGUUGCAGUGAAGUUCCUCAGAACCGAACAUGUUAAUGACUCGUCAAAAGUGGAGUUUUUACAAGAAAUAAUUAUUCUAAAGAGUGUUAAUCAUGAAAAUGUUGUUCGAUUCUAUGGGGCAUGCACAAAGCAGAGACAAUAUGUCAUUGUAACAGAGUAUAUGCCUGGAGGUAAUCUAUAUGAUUUUCUUCACAAGCUAAAUAACACAUUGGAUCUCACAAAGGUUCUUAGGAUUGCUAUUGGCAUCUCCAAGGGAAUGGAUUAUUUGCACCAAAAUAACAUCAUCCAUCGAGACUUGAAGACUGCCAAUUUGCUGAUGGGUUCUGACUAUGUUGUGAAGAUUGCAGACUUUGGAGUCUCAAGGAAUCCGUCUCAAGGGGGAGACAUGACUGCUGAAACUGGUACCUACAGAUGGAUGGCACCUGAGGUAAUAAACCAUAAGCCGUAUGAUCACAGGGCAGACAUCUUCAGCUUUGCUGUCGUUCUGUGGGAGCUGGUCACUUCAAAGAUACCAUACGAGAAUCUGACACCCUUGCAAGCUGCACUGGGAGUAAGGCAGGGACUGCGGUUGGAGAUCCCACCAUUGGUCCAUCCGCAACUGUCUAAACUGAUCCAACGGUGCUGGGAUGAAGAUCCUAACCUGCGCCCCUCCUUCUCAGAGAUCACUGUAGAGCUGGAAGGCAUGUUACGGCAUCAUCAGGCCUCUAAGGGAAGCAACAAACAUUCGAAGGCAAAGGUGCACAAAAAAUCACAGAGAUAGAUAGAUAGAUAGAAUAACAAGGUUGUCAGUAAGCUUGUGCAACAGCUUAGAGGAGCUUGGUUAUCAUAAUCCAAGAUUCUGUGGCUACUACGCUGCAGCUACGGUACGGCGGUUGGUCGCUACGAAGAUGCUGCUAGUGUAGAAUGAUUUUUGUACAAUUGUCACAUAUGUAUAUGUGGGGUGCUUGCCUAUGUUUUUUUUUUUUCUGCCCGAUUGGUGUGUGUUUCUAUUACUCCCAAAAAUAGUAUAUACGGGAGAAAGUGUCGACAAUACAGCAGGACAAGCAAAGACACACGGUAUCGUUGUAUAAAAUAGUUUGCAACCAGCAUAAAAUGCCCUUUAGUUUUUGUAUACGAGACAAAGGAAAUGUAUGUUUUGACUGUUUUGCAUGAACCGUGCAUUGGUUCCUGAA